AGCCGGACCUUCCCGGAAGGGCAACCCGGCAUCUCUCUCUCCCACAGCUUGCUGCUCGGAGGCUGAAGCCCCACGGGGGCAGCUGGCCCAUGGCCCCCAAGCGCCGAGCACCCCCUGCAUCCCAGCCCGCUGAUGGGGGCAAGAAAGAAGGGGGGCAGGAGGAGGAGGAGGAUGCCUGGAGCUCGGCGCUCACUGCCUUGAAGGCAGCCCCCAAGGAGAAGCCCCCCGCCACCAUUGAUGGGCAGUGUCCCCUGAGUGCAGGGCCUGAUGCACAGGUCUAUGAGGACUAUGACUGCACCCUGAACCAGACCAACAUCAAAGCCAACAACAACAAGUUCUACAUUAUCCAGCUUAUCAUGCAUGAUGGUACCUACAGCACCUGGAACCGCUGGGGACGUGUGGGAGAAGUGGGCCAGUCCAAGCUCCUGCCAUUCACCUCUCUGGAAGCUGCCAAGAAGGAUUUUGAGAAAAAGUUUUGGGAAAAGACCAAGAACAGCUGGGCAGCACGGGAGAACUUCGUGGCCCAGCCAGGAAAGUACACCUUGAUCGAGGUGCAGCCCGGCGCCGGGCAGGAGGUGACCCUCAGGGCGGAUGGUGUGGGUGAUGAGAAGGUCUCCAAGUGCCGCACGCUGCCUUGUGCCUUGGAUGAGACCACGCAGAAGCUGGUGGCCCUCAUCUUCAGCAGCGACAUGUUCCGCCACGCCAUGCAGACCAUGAAUAUUGAUGUGAAGAAGAUGCCACUGGGGAACCUGAGCAAGCAGCAGAUUGCUCGGGGCUUCGAGGCACUGGAGGAGCUGGAGGCAGCACUGGGGGAGCAACCCUGCAGGAUGUCCCGGCUGGAGGAGCUCUCCUCACGCUUCUACACCAUUGUGCCCCACAACUUUGGGCGGGCACGGCCACCCCCCAUUGAUUCUCCCGAGCUGCUGCGUGCCAAGAAAGACAUGCUGCUGGUGCUGGCUGACAUCGAGGUGGCACAGAGUCUGCAGGCACAGAAGGUGGAGGAGGAGGAGGAGGUGGUCGCCCACCCCCUGGACCGGGACUACGCCCUGCUGUGCUGCCAGCUCACCCUGCUGGAGCACACCUCCCAAGAGUAUGAGAUGAUCCUGAACUAUGUGGCACAGACAGGGGGCCAGGUCUACAUCCUCAACAUCUGGAAGGUGGCCCGAGAGGGUGAGGACAAGCUCUUCCAGGCCCAUGACCACCUGGAGCACCGGCGCCUGCUGUGGCACGGCACCAACGUGGCAGUGGUCGCGGCCAUCCUGAGGAAUGGGCUGCGCAUCAUGCCCCACUCAGGGGGACGCGUGGGCAAGGGCAUCUACUUUGCCUCUGAGAACAGCAAGUCUGCUGGCUACGUGGGCUGCACAUCCAAGCGAGUUGGCUUGAUGUUCCUGACGGAGGUGGCUCUGGGCAAACAGUACUGCAUCACCCGCGAUGAGCCCACGCUGCAGCAGCCGCCCGAUGGCUAUGACAGCGUCCUGGCCUGUGGGCGCACGGAGCCAGACCCUGCACAGGAUGUGGAGGUGAUGCUGGAUGGGAAGAAGGUGCUGGUGUGCCAAGGCAAGCCGAUCCCCAUGCCCGCCUACAAGGACUCAUCCUUCUUCCAAAGCGAGUACCUCAUCUACCAGGAGAGCCAGUGCAGGAUCCGCUAUCUCGUCCAGCUCCGCUUCUGAGAGCACCAGGCUCCUUGUGUCCCCUCUUGGGGCAGAGUGCCACCAGUCUGGAAUGCAGGAAUCCAGCCCUUGUGGCUGCUCACUUGGGUGUGAGAUGGGGCAUCCAGCCUGCUCCCAAUAAAUCCACUGUGCCUUGCACCA